UCUUGCUUCUCUGGACAAAAAAAAUAACUUGGGAAUGCAUGGCCCAUAUAUUGCACAGAAACACCUCUCUGUAUACGAUUGCGAUGAUGGAAAGAUGUGGGAACCUUUGAAUUACUAUGCCAUUGGUUCUGCAGACAGAUGUUAUGCUUGGAAUAUAUGUGACCAUCGACUCAGCUCAAACACAGGAUACCGAGUCAGAUACUUCCUGGUGGACCACAAUCGAGUGGAGAUAAUGAGCACUAACUGGUCUGAUGAAUUCAGGACUAAAUCAGCUCAUCCAUACCAGUCCAUACACGUGGAUGGUUGGCGCCGCUCAGCUGCUAUGAUCAUCAUCACAGUGCUCUGUAUGUGCCUCCUUUGCCUCUUGCUCCUAGCUCUUCUGCUCAUGUGCUGCUACAAGAGGAAGAGGACUGGAAUCAUGAUCAACAAUUGGACCGGCUACAAUACUCAUUUCACAAAAGGGAUGCACAUACGUGAGAGAAGAUUGGAAAUGCAGCGGGGAGUCGAGCCAGACCACACUCCAUUCUUCCUCCACCCCCAGGACCACUGCUUCAAUGCUAAUUACUUGUCAAAAUCCUGGAAGCUCCCACCAUACAACAGUGCUGAUGGGGGGAAGAGUCAGAGUCUCAGCAAAUUGAUGAUCGAUGAUCUGUUGCACGCCAGUGACUCUUGGAGCUCUCGGAACUCAGACAAAUUACAGACAAGCACAACCUCAGGCUCAGUGCAGACCAGAUUGGCACACAAUGAUUUGGGGAAGGCUAGCUUGCUACAGAUAUGGGCACAGAAUGACUUGGGUCAGGCUGGUUUGGACCAGACCAGAUUGGCACACACUGACUUGGAUCAGGUCAAAUUGGCACAGAAUGACUUUGCACAGGCUGGCUUGAUACAGACCACAUUCACACAGAAUGGCUUGGGGCAGACCGGCUUGGCACAGAAUGACUUGGCACUAACUGGCAUAGAAAAGUCCAGAUCAGCACAAAGUGGCUUAGUAGAGACCACAUCGACACAGAAUGUCUUGGGGCAGACUGGCUUGGCACAUAAUGACUUGAUACUGACUAAAUCAGCACAGAAUGACUUUGUUCAGGCCAAAUUGGCAGGGAAUAACUUUGCUCACACUGGCUUGGUACAGACCACAUUGGUUCAGAAUAGCUUGACACAGGAUAGCUUGGCACAGACCACCUCAUCACAGAACACAUUGGAACAGAAUGGCUUGUCACAGAUUGACCGUGUGGAGGUCAGUGCUGGUGUGGUGCAAGCUGACCACAGUACUCAACUCCAGGAAAAAAGAUUCAGUGACACUUCUAGCUUGGUUCAGUCCAUCAGGUCUGGCGUUGUAUCUGGUACAGCUCAAUCUUCCACUAGAGUUAUUGAAGUUGUCUCCUCCAUGUCCUCAAGCUCCAGUGCAAUUGCACGUUCAACCAGUCCAACAUUUAAGUGAGCAGCGGAGGGGAUGAAAACUUGAACAUCACCAUGAGGCCCUGCUAAAGACUCAAACACUUCCGUGGUUCCUUUAUUCCACGUGGUAUAAAUGCACUAUCCAGCAGCACUUUUUUCUGAACAUAAUCUCUUUAACUCAAGCUUUGUGUGAACAAAGGCAUUCAUCUGUGCUCUCAAUUGCAAGUU